AUGCCUGCACCACGACGCAGAAAGAUCGGCCACAGGCGCCGCGUCGAAGAUGAGGGCGAUGAUGACGGCCGUCCUGAUGCGCUGGAUCUCGACGACGACUCCUUGACCGAAGGAUCCCUCACUGAUGACGAUGACGCUGGCCAAGAUAGCGACACCAGCAACAUCGAUGAAGCUUCGCCGACCUGUCCCAAAGCCUCCGAGGCCACCAAUGGCCCCUCAGCAAAACCUGCUCGUGCCAACAUGGCGGCUGCGGCAAAUGGCAAUGCGAAGCAAGCAUCCGACACUGACAUGAUGCUGCAUGGCUUAUCCAUCGCCGAUCAGCCCGCACCCCCUCAGGAGAUGCAGUUCGAUGAGGUCGUCGUGUCGCCGCCCAAGUCCCCUUCUGCUCCUGUUGUUGUUAGCUCGGCCUCUGCUAUGCGGCAGCAGCCCGAUACCCACGCUGAGCGGCGACGACAAGAGCAUGAGGACUACAAACGCCGGAGAGACCAAGAUCCCGCCUUUGUGCCCAAUAGGGGCUCGUUCUUCAUGCACGACCAUCGACACGCUGGACCUGCCGCGAAUGGAUUCAGGCCCUUUGGCAGAGGGAGAGGAAGGGGCGGUCGCUAUGGUGUUGGUGGCCCCUUUGCCCCUUUCAACAGCCACAUGCAGCACCCCUCGGAUCCAACGACGAAUGCCCAAUGGACCCACGACAUGCACGAUACUGUCGCCGAUCCUGUUCCCCGUCGACCUCGACAGAUGCCAGAUGAUGAAGGGCCACCUAACGGGAAUGGCUUUGUUCCCACGUGUGAGCGGAGUGCUACUCCCAUCAACCGUACUCUGUCCACCGAGAAACACAUCGGCAACGCUCAAGUUCGCGUCAUGUUGCCGGGCAUGGUGGAGCCUGCCGUCUUUCCCGGUAUGCCUGUAAAGCAGUACACCAAGUUGCCCGAUCACCGUCCCCCUCUUCGACGAGACAAGCCCGUCCGAAUCUCCUUGCCCGGUCAUCCUCCGCGAUACAUCCUGCCUGCCUCUGACCGAUCCUUCAUCUUCAUCCCCCGAGCUCAGCGACCUAACCAGCAGCGUAUGCGUGGUAAGCCUAGGCCUACAUGGAGCUCCAUGGGAGGGUUUUCAAGGCGGACUAGUGUAUUUGGAGGUAGCUACUACGGAAGUGCCUAUUCGCCCAGCAUUGCUCUUAGUCGCCGCUCAUCUGUCGCUCACGAGCGCGACUAUAUGUUUUCACCAACAGGAUCCAUCAUUUCGAGGCCACCGAUGCCCGCGGAUAACGUCCGGCCAGUCGUCCGACUUCCACCAAGCGCUGUACCCCAACCUCCUAUGCCUGUGCAAGUACCAGCGCCAGGGCCCGUCCAUGUCGCUGCACCGGCUCUGGGGCAAGAACCUGUUCUCCUGCCUGUGCCUCAGACGUCAGAGCAGCCAGCUGCUGCGGCUGAGUCGUCGAUCAGUGAGCUUGCACCACCUCAGACCCAUCCGCUGCCUCAGAAACCGACGGUACAGGAGAACCGGCCAAACUCGAUCCCUAUGCAUCAACCACGGCCACAAAAGAACAUUUCCGUGGCAGAUAUCGAGUCUCCUACAAUGACACAGGGAGUUGGCUCUCAAGCCUUCCAGGGGGCUUUCCAUCAGCAGGUUCCCGUGCAGGUAGCCAAUGGCUAUGGGCAGGAGGCACAUGCACGACGACCGUCAUAUCCGUCCCAGCAGUCAACUGGAACGCCUCUCUCUCACAUUCCGGAGAGAGCUAUCCAUGCUGCGCCGUUCCAACCCAACACGUACGGCCAGCCACAAUACUAUGGCCAGCAAGUAUACCAAACUCAGCAACAGCAGGGAUAUUACUAUGCUCCUGGGUACUCUGGGCCUAAUAUGGCACCAACUGCGCCAGCACCUGGAUUUGUCCCUGCCACCCAGCCCGGGAGCGUACCCGGGGGCUUCUCCCCUCAGGGCCAACCUGACCAAGGAUCGGCUUCAUAUGGCCACGGGCCAAAUCCUUCGAUCAGUUCGAACACAGUGGCUCAAGAAAUGAAUGGGAUGGUUUACUAUUACAAUGCUAACCAAAUUGCGUACCCUACGUACUCGGCGCCUCAAGGAUACCAGCCUAGUGUCAUGGGCAUGGGAGGAAUGGUGACGCCGAGCCCCGAUGGAUUUUAUUACCCUCAGCAUGCAUCUGGAAUGGUUUACUACCCACAGUAG